UCUGUGGUGUCGACAAUAAAUGUCAUCAAAAAGAAUCUAAUGUCAUUUUCGUAUUUCGUUGAUUAAUGAAUAUUGAACCGCGAUGACCAAGAAGUUGACCAAGUGUACGUACAUAAGUCAGUAAAACGCAAAAAUGCAACAUUUUCUCAGCGUUUAAGGAGGCGCCUAUAUAAAUAUCCAUAAUUUUAUUAAUUUCAACACUAUAAUAAAAUUUUGGUUUGUUGGGAAAUGUUAGAAGAGAUGUACAUUAACAAGAUUCAUCCAAAUGUUUGAGAUAAUAAGAAAAGAAAUAAAUAGUGACUUGUUAACAUUACACUACUCGUUUAAUUUGAUUAGUUAUUGCAAGUAAUACUGAAGAAUCGCCAGUAUGGAUCAAGUUGUACUUGUUGAAUUUGAGGAUGCUACUGAUAAUUUGUAUCCAGCUUUAUUCCAGUGUUUUACUAUCAUUUUAUGCGGGUACAUAGCUGGACGUCUUAAUGUAGUGUCAGCAACAGAAUCUAAGGGCAUUGCCACAUUUGUAGGCACUUUUGCAUUGCCAUCUCUAAUCUUUCUGUCCCUUGCCCAAUUGGACUUCAGUACAGUUAAUUGGACCUUUCUUGGUGCAAUACUACUUGCAAAGGGUUUAGUAUUCUUUGCAGUAAUGAUUGUUACUAUGCUGGUCUCCAAACCCUUGAAUUUGGGAAGAGCAGGAAUAUUUGCUAUAUUUUGCACACAAAGCAAUGACUUUGCUUUGGGAUAUCCCAUCAUAAAUGCAUUAUACCAAAAAAGUCAUCCAGAAUAUGCUCUCUACUUGUAUCUGAUGGCUCCAAUUUCACUGGCAAUAUUGAAUCCAAUUGCUUUUGUGUUAAUGGAGAUAAAUAAGCAAAGAGAACAAACACCUACUAUAACUAUAGAAGGUGAAUCAACAUGGUGUAUUUGUAGUAGGAAGUUGUUGAAGCAGAUUGCUAAAGGCAUAGCUUUCAAUCCUGUAGUUGUGAUGACAGUGUUAGGUAUUUUUGGUAAUGCUGCAUUUAAACACCAACUCUCCAUUUACAUUGAAGGACUUUUGGAGGUAUUUGGCCAAUCAUUUGCUGCAACUGCCCUAUUCUUGCUAGGGUUACGCAUGGUGGGACAGAUUCACAGACUGAGAGGACCUGCCCUCCUGUUGCCCUGUGUUCUGAUUAUGGUUAAAUUAAUUGUUUUGCCAGUGGUUAUGAGGGAGAGUGUAAGCGCGCUGAACGCUGGUGCAAAUGAAUCUGAAACUCUAUCACUCUCUACGUACGCUUUCCUAUAUGGAACAAUACCGACCGCGCCGGCAGUGUUCGUAUUCUCGAACUUAUAUCAACUAGAAAUCGACUUGAUGGCAUCCUCAAUGGUGAUAUGCACAUUCCUGUCAGCGCCCAUGAUGUUCAUGUCGGCACAAAUGAUAGCUAUUAACAAGGACUUUGCAGACCAACUGAAGAAGUUUGGCUUCGACCUUUCUAUAGUAUCAUUGAUUGCUUCACUUUGGAUACUGUUUGUUUUCAUUGUGACUAAGAAAUAUAAACGGAUGCCGCAUCGACUGACUCUGUGCUUGAUUGUGUCGCAGCUACUGUUGGCUAUCAGUGUAGUAUGGGGCGGGCCCCUCACUAACUACACUCCGUCCUGGCAUGCGAGCGUGCAGCAAGCUCUGCGAAUAUUCAGCAUGUACUCCUGUCUGCUGUGGACCUCUAUGCUCUCUGUUGGACUUCUCAUGUUACAGAGCCGUGGACCAUGUUUCGUGGUGACACUGUGGCCGGUGUUAGGCUUUGUGGCAUGGGGUGCGCCUGUGGUAAUGGUCGUGGUGCUACUAGCGACUAAGGGCACCGGAGACUUGGACUGCAAGGCCACUGAUGCGAUACGACUCUGUUUACUUGUGUUCUGUAUUACAGUAACCAUCGGCUGUUUAAUCCUGUACAUAAGAUUCCGACGUCGCAGCGCACAGUUUGCGUCGCUCUCCGCCGAAGUAGCUACCAACUCCAGUCCCCGGGAGGAGUCCACCAGUUUGAUUGAUAACGCAGAACCAGUCUCGCAAACACAGUCUAUUGCCAAUAAUAGCAAUGGUUGUUACGGAACUAUUACAUCGUCGCCAUCACCGCGCAGUCCAGGCAAGCAGUCAGGGUGCUGCUCCGACGAUCCUAACUGUGAGAACGGAUUGACUGCUUCACGCGACAUUGAAGAUAUUGCUGAUACCAAGGAUUGUGCCUGCCCACCAUCUCAGAAGCACCGCUGCACGGAGCCGGGGGCGUGUCAGUACUUGAACGAGCUGGAGCGGGCGGCCGGCGCACUGGGACUAUUACCGCCCGAGCAGACACGCGGCCGCGGCGGACAACUACUCAAACAUACUGUGCUAAUCAUUGUGUACAGUCUCAGCAUGUUUAUUGGCAUUACCUACACAACUUGGCGCAUGAUGUUGAAGGAUGAGAGUGGAGUGUUCGUGGAGAUAGAGUUUCUGGACAUAGUGGCCAACUAUGGACAGGCAUUGGUCAUGUUCAUACUCUUCGGACUGGACCCCGAAGAAAUACUGAUACCCACAGUCCGAUUCUUGAAGACUAAAUGGUAUGGAGGAGAUACAGUGGUUCUGCCGUCCAUAGAAGACCUAAGUUUUGAAACCAAGCAUGUUUGUGAUCAGUUCAUCACACAUCACCUUGAUCGCUGCAAGGAGGCUAUUGCUAAAGAUACUAGAUGGCGCAUGCGCACAUAUCGUGGUGUAUUCCGAGGCUCAUGCCUGGUUCGCUGGCUAAUCAACUGCGGCCUAGCAAAAGAUGAACAUGAAGCAGUACAAUAUGGCCGACACCUACUCGACGGACGACUCAUAUCACACGUGAAUAACGCCCAUCAUUUCUCUAAUUCACCUCUAUUGUAUACGUUCAAGUAAUCAUCCGAGUAUUUAGUAUUAACAUCUAAAGGCAUCUCGCAUAUUAGACGGCCAUGAUCACUGAUCAGUGGCUGCAAUCACCAUAUUAACAAAAGACUCUACUAUGAACGAAGCGCGACGAUCACGACCAGUCGUAGUCGUGGCGUCUAAUGCGCGUGAUGUCUGAAACAGAUGAAGUGUAGAGUAUUAUUUUUGUUAAAUGUCUUUUACACUUCAUUUGAUUUCCUACUGCUUGGAACACACGACCAUGGAUAUGCCAAAACUGAAAUAUUAUAUUCCUACAUUUUACCAUAUAAUUGUACUUAUACGAGUAUAAAUAGAUAUCCAAUUAUACAUUGAGAUUUCAUAUCUCCACAAAAUAUAAUUACUGUGAUAGCUUCACAGACUCGAUAAGUUAAAUAGGAAAAUGUCUCAAAUUAUAUUAUGAUUUAUAUUAUCAACAUUAGGUGCUUCUUAAAUAUUGGUAUAAACUUUUCUGGUGCUGAAGAUGACCAAAAAAUUUAGCUAAUGGUUUCUAAUAUAUGAUCUCAUUAAGGAAAAAACUGAAUUUAGGUGUAAGCGUCAUCCAAAUACUAGGUAUCAUUGUCUGAGUUUACAAUCAUACUGUUGUAAUCUGAAGUUUUAUUUAUUUGCGGCUAUCUAGACAUAGUUUAUAAUAAUCUCGUUUUAUCUAAAAAUCAUGAAAUGGAAUACGGAUUUGUAUAUGUAGCCAAAUUCUAUGAAAUUGUGUAAUAUGAAAAGUGUAAAUUUGAAGAUCAUGAGUUGGUUAAAAUAUUACUAAACUCCUUAUCAUAAAGAUAUAAGAAAUAAAAUUAUAUAAUUUUAGCAAAGUCAUAGACGGAAUUCUGAUUAUAACCAUCAAAAUUGCAAAAUAGUAGUGUGAGAUUUCUACUGAAACAAUUAAGAUCUUUUUAUCAAAGAAUCUGAUAUCUUCACAUAUUGUGGGAGGAUUUUUUAUCAAUUUUAACUACACAUACAUACAUAUUUCAUACUACCUGUUAAUGAACUUUAAAUAUUUUAUUUUAUGAUAAAAAGUACACAGACUGCUACUUUUGGUUGCAUAGAAACUUGAUAAUAAUAGAAUAUUAUAAUCACUAUGUUUUGUCUUGAUUGUGUCCAGUUUAUUGCGGCAGGCUCAGGCGGAUAUCAGAUGGAUACUAAUAUAUAAUUACAUAUACAUGAAAGUGUAGUAUAACUAAACCUUUCUUGAUAUUACCUAAUGAUUUAUUUAUUGUUCAACCAGCAGUCUGUUUUGUGUCUGUGAUGAGACGCCAUGAACAAAGUGUUUAGUAUAAAUUAGGUAAUAUUUAUUAUUUGUAUACCUAUUUUAGUUUACUUUAGAUGCUAAUAGUAAAUGUGCGCAAAAUAUUUGUGAUGUUCGGCUGUUAUUGUUUGCCCUUGUUAUAGUGUUAAGAAGAAUAUCGUAAAUUAUAAUCUUAAUGUUUAAGGAUUAUUAAAUGUAUUAUCGUAUUUAUAUUAUUAUAUUGUUGUAUUU